AUGACCACGGAUAACCGCGCUCAUCUUCUAUGCGCCUACAUCGCCGAGCAUCCGCGGGAGUCGCUUCAAAACAAACCCUGGGCGCUCAUCGCCGUGAUCGAGGAAUUCGUCAACACCAAGUCGCAAAUGAUGAUCUUCCGGGGGUCGAAAAUGAAGAUCGCCCGCAUGGCGCUGGAGUCCAUGCCGGUAAAGCCGCGAGUGAUUCUCGACUUCGGGACGUACAUCGGAAACUCCGUCCUGGGAUGGGGUGCGAUCCUGAAAGGGUUGCACGGUCCGGACGCGGCGGCGCAGGGAUGCAGAGUGUACACCUUCGAGCUUGAUCCCGGGAUGGUGCGUCUGGCCAGUUAUCUUGUCCAGCUAGCGGGGUUGGAUGACAUCGUGCACGUGCUAGAGGGCCCCGCGUCAGAGUCGUUAAAACGGCUGUACGAGGAAGGACAGAUCGCUCGCGGGGGCGUCGAUAUGGUGUUCUUCGAUCAUUGGGAGAGACACUAUCUCGCGGAUCUGCUGCUGUGUGAGGAACUGCGCAUCUUCCGCGAGGGAUCGCUGGCGAUCGCGGAUAACACGGACAUGCCCGGCGCGCCGCAGUAUCUGCAGCAUGUGCGGGCGGGAGGCGCUGGGCCCGGGAUGGUCAGGUAUGAGACGAGGUCGUAUGAGAGCACGGCGAAGAAGGGUCGGCCGAAUAUUAUUGAAAUCAGCACCGUUAUCGAGCCAUAG